AUGGCGACUACCCCAGCGGACUCAAAAACUUCUACUUCUGCCGGACAGCAAACGAAGUCACGACCCAGAAAGCCCAACUAUAAUCAUAUCCAUCGGCAUCUCCUACCGAUCGAAAUCCACCCUUUGCCUGUUCUUAUUCCUCAUAAUCCCAUCUCAGUGGUGGCAUAUGUGUUGUCAUAUCUGACCCAGGUGCUCUACCCGCCAUUGCAGCCAACAUACAACGGCUAUUUCUCGUCAGCUACCUCGUCAAUUCACGUUACAGACAAUGAUACCAUCAAGAAACUAUGGGAAAUGGGUUUCUUCGGCCGGGGAAGUCUCAGUCGCAGUGAACCUACGUGGCUAGAAAAUCAGAAACGUCAAGGCGCCACCGCCGAGGAGAACACUGCACAGAGGCGAGAACAGCGCAGACAAGUCAAACUAGAACGGGCGAAAAAGGAGCAAGAGGAGAUUGAGAAACGUCUGAGCGAGGAAAUGCGGACCAAUAGCAACGGCAACCUGCUGAAGAACAACGCCACAGAUGUCAGCGAUAUCGGCAGCGUGCUCAAUUCAGAAGGCGGAACUCCGACAGAAAGUCUACGGCCAGCGCUCAGUUCAAAGCCGAGCGAUCUUAAUCUCGAAGCCAAUGGCAGCAUCCACGGCUUUGAUGAGUGGAAGAAGACGGUCGAGGCUAACGGCUUACCGACACCUCCACCAACAUCAACCUCGUCAGAGGACACGAAUCCGCUGGACUCCCGGCCCGUGCAGCGGUUGCAACGUACUAAGACUGUCCGCUUCUCGCCAACAAUUGAAGCACGCGAGUUCGAUCUUAGCUCGCCUGUCAUUUCACCCAUCAAGUCACCCGGAUCUUCCCUCGCCGCCCCCGAGAAACCUGGACCAAAGGAAGUCGCAGUGAUUGAGAAUCAGGAGCAUUUGAACCUCUCCCUCGAAGAGGCCUUCUUUCUGUCGUACGGGCUAGGCGUUCUCAAUGUCUAUUGCGAUGACAGUGAUACAAUAUUACCACCAGCAUCCCUUCUUUCGCUCUACAGACGACACUCUUAUCAUCCACCUCGGUCACUUUCCGUUCCGGCUGAGCCGGACGACCCCUUCAUGCUCUCCUAUGUAGCCUAUCAUCAUUACCGAAGCGCUGGCUGGGUUGUCCGCUCCGGAAUCAAGUUCGGUACGGACUACUUGUUGUACAACAGAGGACCAGCGUUUUCCCACGCCGAGUUCUCCAUCACCAUUCUUCCAUCAUACAGCCACGCUUACUGGCGCUCCACCCAAGCACACAAGGAUUACGUGGCGGAGAAAACAAAGAAGACUUGGUGGUGGCUACAUGGUGUGAAUCGUGUUCAGGCGCAAGUCCACAAGCAGCUCAUCAUCUGCUAUGUCGAUGUACCACCACCAUUCCGGGGAGAGGACAAGGGUCGAGAUACGGACAUUGGGCUUGAGUUGUCACGAUACAAAGUCAGAGAUGUGGCGAUCAAACGCUGGACUCCGAACAGGACACGAGAUUGA